AUGGUUGUGUGUUUUGAAAUAUUUAAAUAUUUAUUCGCUAUUAAUAAGCCAGUCCAAGGAGAAGUCAUGGCGAUGGAAUUUGAAGUGGAGUCUGUCCCUGCUUCCCCGGCCCCCAGCAUGGCUGCUCUUCGUUCUCGUGUGGAGCAACAGUCCACUCUGAUAGCCAUGCUCAAGCAGAGAGGAGACAACACACUAUCAGAGCUCACUGAAUCUCAGACUAACUACAAGAUGCUCUCUGUUACAAUGGAAGUCCUACAAGAGAGACUGUCACACGAGGAGACGCAGCGCAAACAAUUGGAGCAGAGGUUUUCUAUACUCGCUGAUAAUCACGAAGAAAUGAUCCGCAUUAAAGACGAGUACAAGCGAGCAAAUUCAGACCUGCAGGCCAAAUAUGGAGCACAUCUGUCUAAGGAGUGUGAAAAGUGUAUCAGUCUUGAGAACGAGUUGACAGAAACUAGAAAAGCCUUCUCUGAGAAUGAGAAAAUGUGUGCAACUUUGACAAGUGAUAGCUCUAAAUUUCAAUCAACGAUUUUACUACUUGAAAAGCAGUUGGAGGCUAUAAAGAAAGCCACAGAAGAGCAUAAAGAACAUCUAACAGGGAGGAUAAAUGAUUACGAAGAGCAAGUGUGUCGGCUGGAGUUAUGCUGUAGGAACAAUGACGAACAAAAUCAACAGCUCCAGGUUCAUAUCCAACAUCUUGAAAAGGACAAAGAAAGCAUCGCCCUAGAGUUAAUGUCUCAGAAGACUCUAUUGUUACGAUGUGAGGAGAAUCUCAAGAACUCUCUAGACAGAGAACAAACAGCACAGGAAGCGUUCAGGUUGCGUAGAGAAGAGGUGUCGAGAGAUGCGUGUGUCAAGCAACUGAGACAACAGCUAUUGACUACAGAGGAAAAGUUAUCAACAAUUGAAAAUGACUAUACUGCCUACAAGAACCACAGUGCCCAGUUGCUUGCUCAUGAAAGAGAACUGAAUAACAAACUAAGACACAUCCUAGAUUAGCAUUUAAUUAAUUUUACUGUUUACAGUUUUCAUGUGUACAAACAAUAAUUAUUUAAUUGUCAACAAAUCAUUAAUUUUAUUGACAGUCCCCAAAAUACAAGGACACAAAAUAUU